AUGAGUGAACCUCCACGGUAUGCGCAUACAAAUGCUGUCAUUGAAGCAGGGAAGCGGCGCGCUAAAGACGAACUAGCAAUGCAGAACCACCUGCAGAGGAUCCAACGGGAAUGUGACAUCUAUAAUCCCGAUAUCGAGCCGGAGCACAAAGCGGGUGUAUACUGCAAAUGCCCAAUUCAUAAUUACAAGGCCAGAAAGGUUGCCCGACUUCCCAUCCAGAUUCAAUGGUCUAAAGCUGUCAUGUAUCCAGGAGAGCAUUACUACCAUGACUGCGAGACAGAGUCAUUUGCGGGGCACAGCAGUCCAUACCGUUAUAUCAAAAGCUACUAUUGCGCUGGCGGCAUUGGUGGCACCUCUACCAAAAUUUUGUAUGGUGACUAUGGGAAGGCGAAUGCUUGUGGUAGGACAUCAAGAUCGGAUUCAUACAACUAUACAAGGUCUCUUGAAAAGGUACUUUCCCUGAAUGCGCAACUGAACCAGAGUGCACAGGUCAUCAUGAAUCGAAAGGAGCCAUUAUCCAAUAUAUGGCAUGUCGAUGAGCCAAAGCUUUCGGCACUCAAUGAGGAUCCUGUCACCACCUCCGCCGGGAACGAGGAGACUGUGAUACCUCCCAAACUUUCUAGCUUGCGAAAAGCACUAUCUAUCAAGACCCCCGAGCAAAAAGAGGCCGAGAGAAAGCAAAAGGCGUUCGCUAAGAGUGGGAGUUUGCGAAUCAGUAUUCUCAACGAAGAAAAUGGUCGAUGGCCAAACAAAGAAUGGCGAGACAUAGUGGCCGAGUACCAGGGUAAUGUCGGAAUGAAGCAAAACAUUGCCGAUCUUCGAGCUCGGCGCCCUAUUCAAUAUCUGCAUCUUCUCCAAGCGGGAUACUUUGAGCCUAUUCCGGUGGACUGGGCGAAUCUCGCUUCAAACCCGCUAAAAUUUAGAAUUGAGGCAGUAGCUGGAUGGCCAGGAAUCACUCCUGCCUGGAGAGGAUUCGAAGACACGGCUGAAGAACGUCUAUACUGGGUCUUGAAUCACAGGGAAGGAAGCCGGGGACCAAGAUUGAAGCCUGAUCCCAUUUCUUCGAUGAAACUGGCCCGCUCCAGGAUGGCUUCUGCAGUCCCGCCUCCCCCUGGAUAUUACUCUCCGGAUGAUGUAUGCCAUGCUCAGCACAAGUCGGACGACUACUCAAAGCAGGUUAUGCCCACUCCUUUCAAACCCUCUGAUGUGCCGGAGCUACCAUCAGAUGAUACGAUGAUUUUACUUGAUGUCUCUGGGUCUAUGGACUUCGAACCUGUUCGGCCGGUCUAUGAAGAGGCUUUUAUCACCGGAUAUGAAAAGUCCACUCAACCCAAAAACAAGGAUCUUGCCAAGGCCAUAAUUCGUCGCUUCACAGAUGCAAUGAUCCAUCAUGAUCAUAAAUCAACUGGCUAUCAGCUCGCUACUUUCCACGACGAGGCCAAAUACAUCGGGAUGCUCAAUCACGAAAAUUUCGACAGAAUGUGGAGUCAGGUGAGCUUCGGCGGCACGACUCGAGUUAUGACUGGAUGGCAACUCGUCAAGAACCUCCACUUCCAGAAACAUUCAGAGUCGGCAUCCUACCACCCAGUCUACGGGUGGCAAGCUGGCCCGAAAACCCCAAAACUUAGACUGCUACUCCUCCUUGAUGGCGAAGCAAACGACAUGGAUGAGUUUGAGCUCGACCUACUUAGUCUGUCUUGGGUUCAUGUCACGAUCUUUUUGAUUGGCGUCGAUGGGUGUCCGCAUCACCACCGGCAUGCAAAUGAGUUACAGAGAAUCAGCGAGGUCAACCCUCAUGUCUCCUUUGUUGAUGCUCAGGGCAAUACACCCGAACGAUUUGUCACUCACGAAUUGUUGAAAAGGCAUCUCGGCUAUGAUAUUAGUAUGUCGGAAUUCGAGGAGCUCGAGCAGCCGCCCUCGUAUGAUGAAUCAGGACUUGCAGUGGCGACUGACGUCGAGAGAGGCUCAGAUGCACUCCCAACCUAUGCGUCCAAUGGAGAUACUGAGGCAUGA